CCCCUCUAUAAUUCACGGGACCCUGCAGCGAGAGAGAGCCAGCCGCUCAGCUCAGCUCCUCCCAACUCCCUGUGCCGCCCCAGCGCCAUCACGAGAGGGCACAACGACUAGUCGUCUACUACUACUACACGACUUGGCUUAGCUAGUUUUAACUUUUAAGGUUGUUAUUACUAAACGCGCGCGCGCGCUCGCGUGCAUGGCCGUUACCACGACGUGCCGAGGAGGCCACCACGCCGCCGUCAUGCCGCGCCCGCCGCCGCCGCUUUUCGGGCAAGCCGGACAGGACCAGCGGCGGCGCUACCUCGGCCUCUGCACCGAGGGGCUCGGGUCCGAGAGCUCGGAGAGCUCCGGAGGCGACGUCGAUCUUGGCACCGGCGGCGGCGACGACACCGGCAACGACGGCGUCGGCCGCGCGCUGCCGUGCAAGCGGCAGCACCGUCCCAUCGACGACGAGGAGGAGGAGGAGGAGAAGACGGUCGUGCCAGCAGCGCUGGCGCCGCCGCUCCCGGCGUGGACGAGGGCGGCGUUCCCGCCGCCGAUAUCGGUGAUCGGCGCCGGCGGGAAGCCGUGGCUGUACCUCCGGGCGCACCGCGGGGACGGCCGGCUGGUGCUCCGGGAGGUCAGGAUACCGUCGCGGGAGCUGCUCCAUGGGCGCCGCGAGGACGGCCGCUUCAAGCUCCACUUCGCCCACCCGGACGAACAGCUACAGCAACAACAGCUACUGCUACUAGCAGAUGACCAAGAUCCAGCAGAGAAGAACGAAUAGAGCAAAUCAAAGCAGGCUCAUGUUCUUGGCAAUGGGGUUUUGUUUAGUUCCUGUCAACAAGUUCGACAGUGGCAUGCUAGUUUUCCCUACCAGAGAGAGAUGUAAAUAUGGCGAAAUUUUUUGUUUACUGUUGCAUCGCCCGUCAAAUGCAAUACAAUGCCACUUAUUUUGCUUC